CGAUUAUUUUAAUAUUUAUAAUAUGAUAAAAUUAAAAACCAGACUAUAUUAAUCGUACGAGAUAUUUCAGUAAUAAUCGAUGUACCGAAAUCAUACAGUAAUGUAUCUAUAAAAGUUUUAAUUUAUAAAUAAUAAAUCUUAAUAACGAUCUAUACCUUCCCAUACUGAUUGAUAUAAAACAGUUGUAUUUAAAAUUCUUAGAGAACGGAUAUCGAUAUGAAUUCAGAAACGAUAACUUGGAUUUUCAUCGUUUAUUCAGUUUGUGUCUUGGAAAACUGUUAUAGUUUAGAUUACAAUGGUGCUAAAAUAGUGACUUACGGUGAACCUUGCGUUACAUCUCGUCGAUUACCUUUUCAGAUAGAAGGGCCUAAAGCACCUCAAAAAGAGGAAAAAAUACCAGUGUCAUUGAAUUUUAAAAUGAUUCCUGAUACAUAUAUUGAGCCACGUCGUAUUGAAUAUCCAAUUUCAUUGGACAUUCCAUGUAGUACUCCAUCACCAACAGAAAAAAAGUACGUCGAAGAUACCUUACGUGGUAAAGUUUAUACGUACAAUACUUAUGUUCCUCCUGUUAAUUCUCCAUCAUUUCCAUCUAUGAAAAAUUAUAACUUUAAAAUUGAAAACGUUCCAGUUACGACCAAAAAUAAUUAUAAUUCUGAAUGCGAAAUGAAACAAGUUCAACGAUUGAAAGGACUUCAAUCUCGAAUUGAUCGAGUACUCGUUCCUGCUUGUGAAGUUUCAUCAUUGUCAUUAUCAUCAUCAUCAUCAUCAUCAUCAUCGUGUCAAUGUCAAUAAAUUUAAUAAUUACAGAAUUAUUUAUAUUAAUAAUAAAAUAUAAUAUAUUGAAAUAUAAAAAUGA